CGACAGUUGGCCACUAUCCUUUUACCGUACCCUUCUUGUCCGCGUUUCCAUUUAUCUAGCUUGGCGCACCUCUAGUCUUCUUUCGUCUCGUUUUCACCGAAAUCUAUUCUUCACGAAACCAACAAAAACUUCAGUAUGAGUGGCAUUGCUCGCGGUCGUCUGACAGAAGAACGUAAACAGUGGCGCCUGGACCAUCCCGUUGGUUUCUACGCUCGUCCUGAGAAAAAGGAUGGGCAGUCCAAUUUGAUGAAGUGGGAAUGCGGAAUUCCUGGAAAGGACCAGACUUUGUGGCAGGGUGGUUUAUACAAACUUGUGUUGGAGUUUACCGAAGACUACCCAAGCAGGCCUCCGAAAUGCCGGUUUGACCCCCCCUUGUUUCAUCCGAAUGUCUACCCGUCGGGAACUGUGUGUCUAAGCAUCAUCGACGCUGACAAGGCAUGGAGGCCGUCCAUAACUGUUAAGCAGAUUCUGCUCGGCAUUCAGGAUUUGUUGGACACCCCGAACGCACAAGACCCCGCGAACGCCGAGGCUCACGCUCUGUUUAUGAAGUCCAAGCCGGCAUACAACGAUCGCGUUAAGCAGAUUGCCGCGCAGUACACCUCGUAAGUAUUGUUCGGAUGUGUGAUGUCAUCCGAACGAGGUCAGUUCUUCCAGGUCUUGCCGUUUGGUCUAUCCGAGCAGACAAGAUAAGUUCGUUCAAACCCAGUGCUUUUGAAGAAAAAAUAGGUAUUCCGCGACACACACUCCUCAGGGAAGUGUCGGAGAGAAAACCACGGGAAGAUGUUCAUUAGAAGUUUCGUGUUCCUCUCUGCUUGUAAAGUUGAGGCCACACUGUCUUCCUCUUCGUUGAUGUAUUAGUUAGAUACCGCUCGUUGCCGCCUCGUAGAUGUGAGCAAUUCUUUCGUAGGAGAAACUUUUGCUUGCACACACCAGAUUGAGAGGGUGUCAAUAGAAAGCCUCGAAAAUUACUCGGUGUUAUCUCACGAGUGUGCCGUUGUUUCGAAGGUUUCUUUCGGUGAACCAGUGUUGACAGGUGCGAAUGUGACGCAGGUUAUUCAGUACUUCUGAAGCGAACCUCGGUAUACGCCCACAUGUAGAUGGUACCUUUAGAGGCAAGAUUACAAGCAGAUACCUUCUCAGUCGAGGAAAGAGAGAACAUAAGCUACGUAAAGACCGAAAGGCGCUAGUUCGAGCCCUA